AUGACAGACUCUGUGAUGGAAGUCGAUUCUCCUGGGGCGGCUAUUCCGCGGCUCCAGAAUGGCGAGAUUGAUGAAUCCCUCUAUAGUAGACAACUCUAUGUUCUUGGCCACGAGGCUAUGAAGCGAAUGGGUUUGUCGAAUGUUCUCAUCGUCGGUUUGAAGGGAUUGGGUGUGGAAAUUGCAAAGAACAUUGCUCUCGCUGGCGUCAAGUCUCUGACUCUGUUUGAUCCUCAACCUGUGGCUAUUACCGAUCUCUCUUCCCAGUUCUUCCUCCGUCCUGAAGACGUCGGUAAACCACGAGCAGAAGUCACGGCGCCGCGAGUUGCCGAACUUAAUUCGUAUACUCCCGUGGUCGUGCAUAGAUCUCAAUCCUUGACCGAAGACCUGAGUCAACUGAAGCAGUAUCAAGUCGUCGUCCUCACUACCACAUCCUUGAAAGAUCAACUCACAAUCUCCGAAUUUUGUCACAAGAAUGGCAUUUAUCUCCUCGUCGCCGACACAUUCGGUUUGUUCGGUUACAUUUUCACCGAUUUCGGAAAGAACUUCACGGUAAGCGAUGUUACUGGAGAAAAUCCUGUCAGUGGUAUCGUCGCGGCUAUUGACGAGACCGGUCUGGUGUCUGCUCUGGAUGAAACACGCCAUGGGUUGGAAGAUGGCGACUACGUAGAAUUCGCUGAACUCAAAGGAAUGGAGGCCCUCAACGGCGCACCCCCUCGCAAGAUCACCGUCAAGGGACCUUACUCAUUCUCCAUUGGAGAUGUGUCUGGCUUGGGUAGAUACCAAGGAGGCGGACUUUUUACUCAAGUCAAGAUGCCCAAGGUCAUUCAAUUCCAGUCACUGUCAGAACAGAUCCGAAAACCCGAGUUGAUGAUUUCCGACUUUGCAAAAUUCGACCGGCCUGCACAACUUCACCUUGGAAUUCAGGCUCUUCAUGCUUUCGCCGAGAAUCACAAGGGUGCUCUUCCCCGGCCUCACAAUGACGGAGAUGCGAAAGAAGUACUGGAACUUACCAAGAGGUUGGCGAAAGAGAGCGGCGACGAGGUUGAAAUCAGCGACCGGUUGAUCACCGAACUCAGUUAUCAGGCCCAAGGUGACCUUAGUCCGAUGGCUGCGUUCUUUGGUGGUCUUGCAGCACAAGAAGUGUUGAAAGCAGUGUCAGGAAAAUUCACCCCAAUUGUCCAGUGGCUCUACUUCGAUUCUCUCGAGUCACUUCCCACCUCUGUUGGACGAAGCGAGGAACUUUGCACACCAAUUGGAUCGCGUUAUGAUGGCCAAAUUGCUGUCUUUGGUAGGGAGUAUCAAGAGAAGAUCUCUAAUGUCAAGAACUUUUUGGUCGGCGCCGGCGCCAUUGGUUGUGAAAUGUUGAAGAAUUAUGCCAUGAUCGGUCUUGGGACGGGGCCCAAAGGUCAUAUCACAGUCACAGACAAUGAUUCUAUCGAAAGAAGCAACCUCAAUCGACAAUUCCUAUUCCGAGCCAAGGAUGUUGGGAAACAGAAGAGCGACUGUGCCGCUGCAGCGGUUCAAGCCAUGAAUCCUGACCUCAAAGGCAAGAUUACUACCAUGACCGACCGAAUCGGCCCUGAUAGCGAAGGCAUCUUCAACGAACAAUUCUGGAAUGGGCUCGACAUUGUUACGAACGCUUUAGACAACGUCGAAGCCCGUACCUACGUUGAUCGACGAUGUGUCUUUUUCAUGAAGCCAUUGCUUGAGAGCGGGACUCUCGGAACCAAAGGCAAUACUCAAGUCAUUCUUCCACGUCUGACAGAGUCAUACUCCAGCUCUCAAGAUCCACCAGAACAAUCCUUCCCAAUGUGCACCCUUCGAAGCUUUCCCAACAAGAUUGAGCACACUAUUGCUUGGGCCCGAGACUUAUUCCAGUCGUAUUUCGUGGGACCUCCAGAGACUGUCAAUCUCUACCUGUCACAACCAGAUUACAUCAACACUACUCUGAGACAGCAAGGGAAUGAAAAAAUGAUUCUGGACAGCCUGAAGGAGUUCUUGGUAACUGAAAAGCCGGCCGAUUUCAACGACUGUAUUGCCUGGGCACGCAUGCAAUUCGAAAAGCAAUACCACAAUGCCAUUCAACAACUGCUGUACAACUUCCCCAAGGAUUCCAAGACUUCGAGUGGUGCGGAUUUCUGGUCUGGACCGAAGCGUGCUCCCACCGCUCUCAUUUUCGAUCCGUCUGACGAAACACACAUGGCAUUCAUUGUUGCUGCGGCCAUUCUCCAUGCCUACAAUUAUGGUAUCCAGCCACCCAAAAUCACCCACGAAGACUAUGUGAAGGUUCUUAAGAGCAUGAUCAUCCCAGAGUUCAAGCCAGACGCAAAUGUCACGAUCCAAGCCGACGAGAAAGAGCCAGAUCCAAAUGGACCAGCUCCCACCUUUGCCGAUGAUGCGGAAGAAUUGAACAAGAUCAUUGCCGAGUUACCCACUCCUAAGUCACUCCCAACAUUCCGCCUGAAUGUGGUGGAAUUCGAGAAGGACGACGAUACCAACCAUCAUAUCGAUUUCAUCACUGCGGCCAGCAAUCUUCGAGCAAUGAAUUACAACAUUCCCGUGGCCGAUCGCCACAAGACGAAAUUCAUAGCUGGAAAGAUCAUUCCUGCGAUUGCCACCACCACUGCUUCGGUCACGGGAUUGGUCAUCCUCGAAUUGUUCAAGAUCAUUGAUGGAAAGACUGAUCUAGAACAAUACAAGAACGGAUUUAUCAAUCUUGCUUUGCCGUUCUUUGGAUUCAGUGAACCGAUCGCAAGCCCCAAGGGCAAAUACCGAAGCAAGCAUGGCGAAGUGACCAUUGACAAACUCUGGGAUCGGUUCGAAGUCGAGGACAUUACCUUGACUGAGUUUCUGCAACAUUUCGAGAAUCAUGGUUUGAGUGUGACGAUGGUUAGCUCUGGCGUCAGCCUGUUGUAUGCCAGUUUCUAUCCACCAAACAAGACAAAAGAUCGAAUGCCUCUCAAGAUGAGCAAGUUGCUCGAAACUAUUAGCCGCAAACCUAUUCCAGAUCACCAAAUGAACAUCAUCUUUGAGAUUACCGCGGAGGAUACCACUGAAGAAGAUGUGGAAAUUCCCUACGUCAUGGUGAAAUACAAGAAAUAG